AUGGUAGAUUUAUCACACAAGUGGGAGAAUUNCAAGAAUAAAGGAUAUAAAUUUCUCAAUGUUUGGCUUAAGGAUGGAUUACUAACGAGUUCGGGAGCGAAAUGGCGAGCAAGAAGAAAACUUCUUACUCCUUCUUUUCACUUCAAAAUUCUAGAAGAUUUUUUUCCUAUUUUUAAUGAUCAUUGCUCGAUCAUGUUGGAUAUAAUGAUGCGUUCAACUGAUAAAGACUGGCUAAAAAUUGAUUUCUCUGUCAAAAACAUUGCAGAAACGGCAAUGGGAAUAAAACUGAAUUCACAGAUUAGUGAAGACAGAGGUUACAGAAGACACUUAGAAAGUUCGGGAGCGAAAUGGCGAGCAAGAAGAAAACUUCUUACUCCUUCUUUUCACUUCAAAAUUCUAGAAGAUUUUUUUCCUAUUUUUAAUGAUCAUUGCUCGAUCAUGUUGGAUAUAAUGAUGCGUUCAACUGAUAAAGACUGGCUAAAAAUUGAUUUCUCUGUCAAAAACAUUGCAGAAACGGCAAUGGGAAUAAAACUGAAUUCACAGAUUAGUGAAGACAGAGGUUACAGAAGACACUUAGAAAGAGUGGGAGAAUUGUUUUUAUCUAGAGCUGUUAAACCUUGGCUUUGGUUCGACUCUCUCUUCUUUUGUACAGAAAUUGGUAGACAUUUUUUACAUCAUGCGGAAGGGCUUCGAAUAUUUGGACAACAGGUAUUUGCUGAAAGGAAGCAACAAUUUUUAUUAAGAAUGCAAAAUGAAAGUUGUGACCAUAACGAUAAUACUAUAACGAAUGGAAUUAGAAAAAGGAAAGCAUUUAUGGAUCUACUUCUUCAUCAUUAUUUUGAAGACCAUAGUUUAUCAGAAGAGGAUAUUUUAAACGAAAUUAAUCUUUUUAUGUUUGCUGGUCAUGACACCACUUCAUUUAACCUGUGUUGGACCUUGUAUCUUAUCGGUCUUCAUCAAGAUGUACAAAAGAAGUUACAUGACGAAGUGGACUCAUUCUUUGGGGAGGAAAUGGACACUCCUGUAUUACCUGAACACUUAAAGCAUUUUAAAUAUUUAGAUUGCGUGAUUAAAGAAAGUUUACGGCUUUAUCCAAGCAUACCUUUCAUAGGAAGAGAUUUGUUAGAAGAUGUCCGUGUUGGUGAUUAUCUCAUACCAAAAGGAACAUCUUGCAUCUUCUUCUUAUACGAAUUGCAUAGAGAUCCCGAAGUCUUUCCGAAUCCUGAAGUAUUUGAUCCCAACAGAUUUUCGCCAGAAAAUUCUCACAACAGAAAUCCGUUUGCCUAUAUACCAUUUUCAGCAGGACCAAGAAAUUGUAUAGGUCAGAAAUAUGCCCAGGUUCUAGUUAAAGUAAUACUUAUCCAGAUAUUGCGAAAAUUUAAUUUGAUCUCCUUGGAUCCUCGAGAUCGCAUCCCUGUUGGAGGUGAGAUAGUACUUCGACCUAAAGUUCCACUCAGAUUGAAAAUCACUCCAAGAAAAAUU